GCUCCCAGGCCGCCUGCUCCCUCCCGGGCCUCCUGUGCCAUGGGUCCCCGGCCGCACUCGCCGCUCGCCGGCCUCCUGCUGCUGCUGCUCGCCGGAGCCCGCCCGGCGCGCUGCGACACACCUGCCAACUGCACCUACCCGGACCUGCUGGGCACCUGGCUCUUCCAGGUGGGGCCCAGCGCUGCCCAGCGCGACGUGAACUGCUCGGCGAUGGGACCAGUAGAAGAAAAGGUAGUGAUCCAUCUUAAGAAGCUGGAUACGGCCUAUGAUGAACUUGGCAAUUCUGGACAUUUCACCCUCAUUUACAACCAAGGCUUCGAGAUUGUGUUGAAUGACUACAAAUGGUUUGCAUUCUUUAAGUAUGAAGUCAAGGGCAGACAAGUCAUCAGUUACUGCCAUGAGACAAUGACUGGGUGGGUCCAUGACGUGCUGGGACGGAACUGGGCUUGUUUCACCGGCAAGAAGGUGGGAAGCCCAUCUGUGAAGGUGAAUGUAAAUGUGGCACACCUUGAAAGACCCGAGAAACAAUAUUCUAAUAGGCUCUACAAAUAUAACCACAAUUUUGUGAAAGCUAUCAAUGCCGUUCAGAAGUUUUGGACCGCAACGACAUACAAGAAGUAUGAGAUGCUUAGCCUGAGAGAUAUGAUCUGGAGGAGUGGUGGCCACAGGUCAAGAAUACCAAGGGUCAAACCUGCACCAAUAACUGAUGAAAUACUGAAAAAGAUUGCACAUUUGCCAGACUCUUGGGACUGGAGAAAUGUUCAUGGUGUCAAUUUUGUUAGCCCUGUUCGAAACCAAGAAUCUUGUGGAAGCUGUUACUCUUUUGCUUCUAUGGGAAUGCUGGAGGCAAGAAUCCGUAUCUUAACCAACAAUUCUCAGACACCAAUCUUGAGUCCACAGGAGGUGGUGUCCUGCAGCCAGUAUGCCCAAGGCUGUGAAGGUGGUUUCCCAUACCUCAUUGCAGGAAAAUACGCCCAAGAUUUUGGAGUGGUGGAAGAGUCCUGCUUCCCCUACAGGGGCACCGAUGCCCCAUGCAAACUGAGGGAGGACUGCUUUCGCUUCUAUUCCUCUGAGUACCACUACGUGGGGGGCUUCUACGGGGGCUGCAAUGAAGCCCUGAUGAAGCUUGAGCUGGUCCAUCAUGGGCCCAUGGCAGUUGCCUUUGAAGUCCAUGACGACUUCAUGCACUACCACAGUGGGAUCUACCACCAUACCGGACUGAGAGACCCUUUCAACCCCUUUGAGCCGACAAAUCAUGCUGUUCUGCUUGUGGGCUAUGGCAGAGAUAAGGACACAGACAUAGAAUACUGGGUUGUUAAAAAUAGCUGGGGCACCGGCUGGGGUGAGAAUGGCUACUUCCGGAUCCGCAGAGGAACGGACGAGUGUGCAAUUGAGAGCAUCGCCAUGGCGGCCACACCAAUCCCUAGACUGUAGCAUGAGCCUCCCGCAUCCGGAUCACCAUCACUUACACAAAGGAGUGAUUCUUUCACAGACUUAAGGCUCCUCAACAGCGGUUCUUGAAGCUUAUUACUAGAUUUCCAGGAAGAGUUUUGCCUUUAAAAUUAAAACCACCUUUGAUUUCUAUAUACCUCUCCAUCUCGGUCUGUGUGCUGCAUUUUGCUAAGUGGUUUUGACAGACAGUGUUUCUGAAUGAUGGAUAAGCUGUCAAGUAAUGGGUUUUUUUACUGAUCAUUUGUAACUCCACCAGAUAUUUUGUUUUUCAAAAUUCUAUAUAAAAAUACAAACUUAUUUUUGAGUUGUAUAAAUCACAUGAAAAUUUGGCAAAGAUUAUUAAAAUUUUGAAACAUUUUUAUAAA